AUGUCUGAUACAGACUUGUCCUCCAACCAUCUCGGCAUUCAGCCGGCAGGCCCGUCGACUUUUCAUCGAUUCAUAGGCCUGCCCCCUGAGCUGAGGGUCACGAUCUGGCUCCUGGCCACACCUCGUCAGACCCGCUUCAUCCUCUUGGACCCAGGUGUGUGUCAGCCUGCCGAAAAGGUGCCGGAUGACAAUACAGGCUCUGCAGAGCAGUUUCAGAAAACAACACGCGUGCAUGGCCAGUUUCUUGGCCCCGUCACUUGCUUCGUCCCGCCAUCUUUGGCAUACGACAUUGUCUCUGACGAGGAGGGAGCAGGCCGCGUCUUCAGCACUUGGUCAGUCUUCCCCAAGGACCAGCGGCUUCCAAGUACGCUUUAUGUCUGCCACGAGUCUCUGGACUUCUUGACUACGUACUGUGGCAAGAACUGCUCGAGUCCUCGCUACACGCGGAUGCCACGUUACCUGCGUACCCCCACAUGGCCGCACUUCAUUGUCGAGAUGCGCUGCCCUUUCAUUUCCUACGAAGACGACAUCUUUGUGAAGGGCAGACACGAACCGAAGUUCUACCCAUUCCAGAGGUAUCAUCUUCCUUCGUUCUGGCCUCCCAUGAUGAUUGAUGAAGCUGUUGUAUCUGCGAGAAAGGCUCAAGAGAUAUCAAAAACGCGAUCUGGUGUCUCGUAUGAAGCAGUUGGGAUUGAUUUUUCAUCUCGUCAUCAUUCAAGCUUCAAUAUCGAUAACUACGGAAGGUCCUCUGGCUGCAUCCAUGUCCCAAAAUGGUCUCUGAAAAAAAAUGAGGCCUUCUCCGUCUUUGAAACCCAUCUGAUCCGGCGCAUUGGAAUUACAAUGCGCAACUGGGUAUACCGAAACAUGAAUGUCCACCGCAACGGCGGCAGAUUUGACACUUUUCCUGGGCUGAAGGAGGUUGCAGUCUUUGGAGAUCACCCUGUGCUCACCGAUGUGAACCACAAGGUAACCUCAGAAUUUGAUGGCGAAAAGAUCAGAUGGGACGAUGCCGAAGUUCGGGGAAUGAUUGAAGCGCACAAAUCUCACCUGGCCGUGAAUCACUUUGCGGAACAAUUUUUGCAGUUCGACGACGAGCCCGAGGAGGAGCCUCAUGAGCAGCCCCAAGAGGAGCCCGAAGAUGACGAUCUUGAGUCGGUCCACGAACCGACGGAAGACGAGCGACAAAACGUCCUCACUGACCGUCUGAAUGGUGAGUUGUACGUUGGUCUUUCCACCAGCCCAUACAAGGCAUCCGGCUCUCGUCGGUACCUCGGCAUGGAGCUGUGCCGGGCGUUUGCACCAGCUGUGACCACCGUAGAUGAAGCGCUGCCACCAGAGGCAGAUGUGGUACUUCCCGACUCCGAACCGAAAUCAGAACCUUUCGCGGAACUGGAGCUCGUGCUUGAACCUUCAGUUCUACCACCGCUUUCACUGUCAAAUUUGGCCUCAGAACCUGAUGUCGACCCUGACCCUGACCCUGAUUCCGACUUGGAGCUAGAUGCUGAGCUAGGCUCGGAGCCGGAACUAGAAGAUCCAACGUCUGUGCUACCACUGGCACUGCUGGUGGUGGUAGUAUUGUCCUCAACUGGCUUCCAAGAGCCGCUGUUGCUGCCGCUACCGCCUGUUCUGUCUGUUCCACCCGUGUUGGGAACGCUUGCAUCGCCAGGUGAACCAGGAUAUCCACUGGGGCUACUGUGA